AUUUUUCUUCACCAACGAUCUUCAUUUCUCGAUGAAAUGAGAAUGGACAUCUGGUGGUAGACUAGAUCUAAAGGCGCGCUAUAUGCAGUAGGCAUAGCACCAGCGCUCCGACUGUAUAAUGAUAUCUCUCCAUUAUGGUAAGCAACAAGUACGCACAUGCGAUCGCUUUCCAUUAGUUGACUCACACGUCUUUUUUGACUGUAGUGGAACCCACUACAUGCUGGCGCAACUGCUCUUCUCUUUUUAUAUUAAUGCCGCAUGUAGUUUUCCACGAUGUACGUAUAGCACUGUUCUACUUCGUGUAUGAUACAUAGAAAAUCAAAAUUCAAGGCGUAGCCUUACAGCGCGGAUCGUGCUGGCGCAGGCUAGGCCGUGAACUGAUGGCUUGCGUUUGGAAAGUGUGAAAUCUCGAUAGAAUUAUCGAAUCGGAACAAUUUGGCAAGAGAAAUUUCGAAAAAUCCAUUUCCAGAAAUUUCGAAAAAUCUCAUGCGUUGCUCAGUUCGUCCCUGCAGCUUCGAAAGACUGUUGUACGUGUAUGAUUCAAAAAGGCAUCAAACAUCUUUCUACAUCACCCCAAGACGAAAAAGAUAUAAUCGCCUGUCUCUCCUCGCAGGUAUAGCCCGCAUGGUUGUUUCGAAUAGGUGUUCGCCAGAAUUAUACGAUAUCUGCAUCUGCUUCUGCAGCUCAUUUGCAAACCACAGUGGAGUACCAGAAGCCGACAUGAAUCGACUCGGGCGCACGACGACGACGACCCCUCAAAAUUGGGCUCGAUAUGGAUUGCAAAUAUGUCUGGGUCUGGAAGAAUACAAACUUGUGAUGCGCAUUUCAAAACGCAGAAAAAUCUCUCAUGCAUAGGUAGCAAAAACUGCCCACUUUCUGUUACCAAAAUGGGGGAUUUGUCAUGCGGAUUUUCCAUUGCGGAAGCUUCUCGAAACCUGUGAUGCUAGAGCUUCCAUGCCAGGAGACCCUCUGUGGCAUGCAAAAACAGCAUGACUCUUCCAGACCCAGACAUUUUUACAUUUGAUACUCGACAAGAUUCUGAACCAAAACUCGUUCCGCCAGAUUACGGACCGCGAAAAAAUGUAUCAAAUGCAAAUAUGUCUGGGUCUGGGAGAUUGCGCGACUUGUAAUGCUAGUCUGGCAUGACUCUGAACUCUGUAUUGCGUGGCCGCGAAGAAGUACGUAGAGCUUCUCUUGGCUGUCAUUCAAAAACGCAGUUUCUCAUGCGGAUUACGCAACUGAGAAGCACUGAUCGAAAAAUUUGUCAUGCUUGGCAGCGCAAUACAGUGUGCUCACUAUUCCCUUCCUUGCAUCACAGGUUUCCAGACGGACCCAGAUGACAUAUUUGCAAUGCAUAAAAUGGUGACUAGGCUGAAAAAUGCUGAAGAACGGAUGCUAGAGUGCGAGGAGGUCGUGGAAGCACAGCUGCAAGAUGUUGAACGCGCGUGCUCAACGUCGGCCCCGGAGGGGGGACCCUCGUCGGGUAGUGGGGACCACGAACAACAGGGCAAAACAAGAGCAAUAGCAGCAGCAUCAAGCGAGAAGAGGACCACCACGAGGAACCAGAAAGUGUUCGACGCGGGGGUGGACCUGUAUGAGAGUGCACAACUCCCACCUCUCCCCCUCAUUUGUACGGCCGGAGCAGCAAGCAAGACAAGCGGCGGCAAGAGUGCAGGUUUUGCAUGACACAUUCGCCGAGGAUUGUAGUCCUGUUCGGGAGGUUGCCAGAAUCUGUCAUGGUUGCCAGAACAAACUUUGGCAAGAAAAAUUUCGAAAAAUCCAUUUCCAGAAGGGAUAACGUGAUAUUACCUCGGGUUCUUUUCAGACGAGAUUUCGUGCGAAAAAAUGAAGACCCGCUUCUGAAUUCCACCUCCAGUCGAGGUAUUUUUUUCGCGCAUUGAGAUCGAAGAUCUUCCUAGAGGAACUUCUACAGCCCGAGGACCAGGAUCACAAGGAAAAAAAUGCCGACGCUCCUCCAUCCUACUUGAGAACAGCCACUGGUUUAU